GCGCGCACGUGCCUAUGGCGCGAGACACGGACGACCCGCCGCCGUCGUCGCCGUGGUCGUUGAGCCUCCCGCCUAAGAUAGCGGCCGCGGUCCUCCGCCGCCUCCCGGCCCACGCCGACCGCGUCCGCUUUGCCGCCGUCUGCCGGCCGUGGCGCGCCACCGCGGGGACCCGGGCACGGCCGACGCUGCCGUGGCUCGCGCUCCCGGACGGCGCCUUCUUCAGCUUCCCCGGCUCCGCCGCGCUGCGCUUCCCUAGCGCCGCGGGGUACCACGGCUCCUGCGACGACUGGCUGCUCUUCGACGGCGGCGGCGACGGGUACCUGCUCGCGAACCCGUUCACCGGGGGCACCGCGCGGCUCCCGGCCCUGUCCUCCGUCCGCUUCGUCGUCCAGAGCGACGGCGCGGCGCUCGCGUGGCGCGGCGUCACGGACGACUGGAGAGCCCCCCUGCGGCCUGCAGGGCGACCGUGCGCAAGCUGGUCAUGUGCCCGGGCCAGGUCGUCGCCGCCAUGGUCGGCGACGGGCGGCUCGGCAAGAUCCCGAUGUGCCGCCCCGGCGCGGGUUCCUGGGUGAUCA